AUGAACUUGCCACGAACUCCAGUCAUCCUCUUCGGGAGCCUAUCAUUCUUCUUCGCCUUCUACUUGAUCUACGCUGCAGAACUCCACGUCCUAGUCCCCCACCUCGUAAAGUACACAUCAACCCGACCUGAAAUCCUCGCGCAACUGCGCUGGUACCAAAUCCUCUCAAGUUCGAUAUGGCCGGGGGUGGUCCUUCAUCCACAGGGAGACCGCCAGCACCCCGAACAUAACCCAGCGUCCGCGCGCAGGCCUUUUACAAGGCAUAUAGUUGCGGUGGGUGAUUUGCAUGGGGACCUGCCGAAUGCGCGAAAGGUGUUGCAGUUCUCUGGUAUUACGGACUCGAAUGGCGAUUGGACGGGCGAUGUUGAUUUUUUUGUGCAGACGGGGGAUAUUAUUGAUAGGGGAGACGAUACGAUACCCUUGUUCUUUUGGAUGGACAAACUCCGCUCGCAGGCGGCGGCUGUUGGAGGGACUGUACUCUCUCAUCUUGGGAACCACGAAUGGAUGAACGUGAUUGGUGAUUGGAGAUACGUAUACCCAACAGAAAUAAAAACUUUCGGCAGCGUCUCCGCACGGCAACAAAUGCUAACAACAGGCCGCAUCGGGCGUUCAUGGGCAGCAAACUACACCACCGCCUCCCGACUCCCACUCCACGCAUAUCUCGGGCCACCCAACACCCCAUACCCACCCAAAUCCAUGAAAAUCCACUACGAAAAAGAUUCGGACGGGGAGCUCGAUCCAAGCUAUUAUUACGACUCUAGCAAACCUCUUUCCCACUCUGCCAUUUCUUUCGUACAUGGUGGGUUGUCCCCGACGUAUACGGAGUUGACGCCUUUCCCGUCGAGGAUCAAUCAGAUUUCGGAUUCCCUAUUGGCUAAGCUGCAGAGAAGACAACCGCCCCCGCCUCAUCCGCCAAACCAAUACCCUGGUCUCCCGCUGAGUACGACACAGGAAGAAGAAAGGUUAUAUGAUGGUAACGGCCCAUUGUGGUACCGAGGCUGGGCUACGGAUCCCGACAAGAAAGUGUGUGCGGACGUCGAUAGGGUGCUCGCCAAAACUGGGACGAGGAGGAUGAUCAUGGGACAUACUCCCGAUUUCAAGAAUAUCAAGGCAAGAUGUGGAGGGAAAAUCAUCAUCAUCGAUACUGGCAUUUCACACGCAUAUGGUGGUGCACUUUCUGCGUUGUCACUAUACUAUAGCCUCAAACCCAUUGGAAAAGACGCUGAUCGACGAUGGGUAGAAAGGGAGGUGGUUAGCGCAAUCUAUCAACAUAGACGCGACAUUCUCGUUACAGAGGAACGGGAGGUUGUUGGUGAUUUCAAUGUGUAGUGGAAGCGGACUAUUGUACAUAACUUAUCAAUAGAAAUACAGACAUUAAUGAAUUC